AUGGCUUCCGCCAAUUGCACCGUCGCCGCCUCAUCCCUGCACCUCUCCUGCUCCGCUCGUCAAUCCGCGCUCACAUCUCUCGCGUCCCCCUCGCCCUCUGCGCACCCCGCGGCCAUCGCCGCCAUCUCCUCCCUCGCCGCGUCUCGCCGAACCGCUUUUCUGCCCGCCCCUGCUCUCACGGCGCCGCGACAACACUGUCCUACGCGCGCCCGACGGGCUGUACGCGUUAUGGCGAGUCAAAGCGAAAAGCGCGCGCUCAUUUCUGUCUCCGAUAAGACGGGACUCGAUACGCUCGCCAAGGGGCUGCUGGAUCUCGGCUUCACGCUGGUGUCGACGGGCGGCACGGCGAAAGCUAUUGAGGAGGCGGGGCUGCCCGUGACUACGGUGGAUCAGAUCACCAACUUUCCUGAAAUGCUGGACGGGCGAGUGAAGACGCUGCACCCGGCGGUGCACGGAGGCAUUCUGGCUCGGCGCGGCCUGCCCGCGCACAUGGACGCACUUGCUGCCCACAACAUCGGCCCCAUAGACGUGGUGGCGGUGAAUCUAUACCCGUUUGUGGCGACGGUGACGGCGCAGGGCGGUGCGUCCCUAGAGAAGGGCAUUGAGAACAUCGACAUUGGCGGACCCACCAUGAUCCGCGCCGCUGCUAAGAACCACGAGAACGUGUGGGUGGUGGUGGACCCCGCUGACUAUGCGUCGCUGCUGGCCGCGCUCAAAGAGGGCAAGGGCAAGGACGAGGGCGAGAGUGAGGAGGCGUUGAGGAGGCGCCUGGCGUGGAAGGCGUUUCAACACACGGCGUCGUACGAUGCUGCCGUGUCCGAGUGGCUGUGGCCGCAUGCACAGCCCAAGACGGAUGAGUUCGCCCCGCCACCGGCCCUGGCUGUGCCACUCUCCCUGUCAGCCGUGCUGCGCUACGGCGAGAACCCCCACCAGCGCGCCGCCUUCUAUGCCGAUGACUCUCUGGGGGAGCGCGGCAAGGGCGGCAUUGGCACCGCCGUGCAGCACCAUGGCAAGAACUGUACGCUGCACCCCCUGCUGCCCUUCAUGACCCAUCCGUCGUCUCUCAACCACCACCCACCCUCCACCCCCUUCUUCCCCCUCUUCCAGGAGAUGUCAUACAACAACUAUCUGGACGCGGACGCGGCCUGGCAGUGCGUGUGGGAGAUGCCCACAGCAGCCUGCGUGGUCGUCAAGCACACCAACCCCUGCGGCGCCGCCACCGUCACCCUCCCCCCCUCCGCCUCCCCGGAAGAGCAAGAAGCAGCCCUCCUCGAGGCCUACCGUGCCGCAGUCCGCGCCGACCCCGUGAGCGCAUUCGGUGGCAUCGUGGCCUUCAACCGCCCGGUAACCGCCGCCCUCGCACGCGAGCUGAGGGAGUUUCGAUCCCCCACGGACGGCGAGACGCGCAUGUUCUACGAGAUUGUGGUGGCUCCAGGCUACACGGAGGAGGGCCUGGCGGUGCUGAAGGGGAAGAGCAAGGCGCUGCGCAUCCUGCAGGCGCAGGCGAGCAGCACGGGCAGGCGGUCGCUGCGGCAGGUGGGGGGCGGGUGGCUGCUGCAGGACUCGGAUGACGUUGAUGCUGAUGACCUCACGCUCACUGUGGUCACCAAGAAGCAGCCCAGUGAAGCAGACCUGGAGAAUGCACGGUUUGCGUGGCGGGUGGUGAAGCAUGUGAAGAGCAACGCCAUCACCAUCGCCAAGGUAUGCCUGCCCUCGUCCCCUACCCUCUUCCCUGUUCUCACCUUCGGCUCUCACCCGCUUGCCCUCGCCUCGCUGCUUGCCCUCACUUCCUUCUUUGCCGUACUGCACGUUCAUCUCUCCACCCUCUCAGCAGCUUCUUCAUUAACUCACAAGCCUUCCUGCCAUCCUUCCUUGCCCUGCUCUCUACUCGCCUCUUUUCCUUUCCAGGACGGGCGGCUGCUGGGCAUGGGGAGCGGGCAGCCCAACAGGGUGAAGAGUGGGCAGAUCGCGUUGGAGAAGGCAGGCGACGAGGCCAAGGGCGCUGCUGUCGCCAGCGAUGCCUUCUUCCCCUUCGCGUGGGGAGAUGCAGUGGAGGCGGCGUGUGAGGCAGGUGUGUCGGUGAUAAUCCAGCCAGGCGGCAGUGUGAGGGAUCAGGAUGCCAUCGACUGCUGUGACAAGUACGGUGUGGCCAUGGUCUUCACCAACGUGCGCCACUUCCGCCACUAG